AUGCGUAAAGGUGACUUCAGGGCUUGUAAAGAUUGCAAGGUCCUCCCUAAAGAGGGUUGCCACUCCCAACAUAAACUGUUGAUUUUGGAUUUAUUCUUGAGUAGACGAGCAACCAAGUUAGAGAAGGUUGUAAAGCCAAGAAUCCUUUGGAAAAACCUUAUGGGUGAAGCAGCAGAGACGUUUAGAUCGAUGACCAGCACGAGGUUCGCAUUAGAGAUCCAAAACGGCCCGCAUAUGGAUGCUGAUGAGUUGUGGACACACUUGGCAAAGGGUAUGAAGGAGACGGCAAAGGCGGUACUAAGGGAAACAAGAGGGACAGGUAGUCAGCGUAAAGGGGGUAGAGAAUCUUGGUGGAUCAGUGAAGAGGUCCAGACCAAGGUUGCCACAAAACUUAGUUGCUUUAAAGAGCUUAUCAGGAGCAAGCAAUACGGGACAAAUGAGGACUGGUCCUUGGCUAGGCAGAGAUACUACAAAGCCAAGAAAGAAGCAAAGAAUAUUGUAGCUAUAGCAAAAGAAAGAGCGUACGAAGAACUGUAUAGGAAACUAGACACCAAGGAAGGCAAAAACGAUAUAUUCAGAAUUGCUAAAGCAAGGGAGAGAAAACGUAGGGAUUUAGGAGACGUCAUCUAUAUUAAGGAUGAAAGCGGACGGAGCAUUGUGAAAGUGGAAGACAUAAGGAAAAGAUGGGAAGAGUACUUCGCCAUCAUGUUUAAUAGGAGAGAGUCAAGGCGAAGUGAAGGAGGAAUCGAUCACGGUACCCAUUCAGACAUUUGUUGUUAUGACGACGAUACUCCGAGGAUCAGCCAAGAGGAAGUAAGGUUCGCUCUAAAGAAGAUGGGGAGAAACAAAGCAACAGGUCCAGACCAGAUUCCUAUCGAGGCAUGGAGAUGUUUGGGAGACGUGGGGAUAAGCUUGCUGACAAGCCUUUUCAACAAGAUUUGGACAAGUGCAAAAAUGCCAGAAGAAUGGAGACUUAGCGAGGUCAUACCUAUCUAUAAGAACAAGGGGGACGUGCAGAGUUGUAGCAACUAUAGGGGCAUUAAAUUCCUAAGUCAUACCAUGAAGCUAUAG